GUCCGGCCCCGAGCGCGCCCGCCUCUGCCCGGGCCGGCGGCCCUGCGCGCCGCCAUGGAGCGCAUAGAGGGGGCGGCCGUGGGCCGCUGCGCAGCCUCACCCUACCUACGGCCGCUCACGCUGCACUACCGCCAGCUCCUGGCCUCUGAUGGGCCCAGGCUGUGAGCCGGUCUCCCUGGAAGGACCUGGUGCAGCGGGUCUGCCUGGCCUGCUCAGCUCCUUGGAGCACGUCCACCCAUGCUGGCCGCCCCUCGGCCCACCUGACCGCUGCCCUACCUCUUUCAGAAUGGUAUGCAGAAGUCAUGGGACUUCAUGAAGACACAUGACAGUGUGACCAUUCUCAUGUUCAACGCCUCUCAGCGGAGCCUGGUGCUGGUGAAGCAGUUCCGGCCAGCUGUGUACAUGGAUGAGGUGGAGCGCCACUUUCCAGGGUCCCUGGCAGCUGUGGACCAGGACAGGCCCCGAGAGCUGCCAGCCGCCCUGCCUGGCUCAGCAGGGGUGACGUACGAGCUGUGCGCUGGCCUGGUGGACCAACCCGGGCUCUCACUGGAGGAGGUGGCCUGCAAGGAGGCCUGGGAGGAGUGUGGCUACCAGUUGGCCCCCUCUGACCUGCGGCGUGUUGCCACAUACAAGUCUGGUGUGGGACUGAUGGGCUCCAACCAGACCAUGUUCUACGCAGAGGUGACCAAUGCCCAGCGAGGCGGUGCAGGCGGGGGCCUGGCGGAGGAGGGCGAGCUCAUCGAGGUCGUGCACCUGCCCCUGGGUGAUGCCCAGGCCUUCGCAGGUGACCCAGAUAUCCCCAAGACCCUUGGCGUCAUCUUCGGCAUCUCGUGGUUCUUCAGCUGUGUGGCUCCUGACCUGGGUCCCCACUGAGACCCCAGGGGGUCUGGACAGAGGCCCGUCCUGGCCACCCACCCUGUGGACCCAAUAAAGGCUUGUGGAGCUCUG